AUUUCCAAGUGAUUUAUUUGAUGAUGAGGAUUAGGCUUUUCCCCAUUAGCCCUCGGCCCGAGGCUUUAGGCCCCCUAGAAUCUUGGCAUUCGUGGCCUAACCGUACUGACCAAGUGAUUUUCACCAUCUCUUCUUUAUUCUCUCUUUCAACAUGAAAUUUCGGAUCACCACAUGACUCUUUCCCUUUCUCCCCUUUUCAACUUUUUCUAACUGCCUUCCCCUAAUUCCCUUUCCUCCCCUUCUUUUUCUUCUCACGAGGGUUAAUUCUCCUCGUGGGCUUCUUCUUCUUCUUCUUCUUUCUUUUUUUCUUUUUCCUUUUACACCUUUCUCUAAUUUCUCUUUCUGUUUCUCUCAUUCUCUUCUUUGUUCUUUCAUUUGGGUUUUUGGGGGUUUCUUCUUCUUCUUUACCUUUCUUCCUCGAUUUGGUCACUUGUGGCUGUGUUUUUAUCUGUGCCAUUGUGGUACGAUUUUUGGGCUUUCAUGGCUUGUUGAUGACUGUGGCCGUUGAAAUCGGUUCGAGUUCCAAAAGGGAUAAUAAUGGGGUUUGAUGAGAAAGACAAAGAUGGGAAACAAGAGGAUGCUUCUCCCAAUUUGUUAGAGCACAAGAAAGGUGAGGAUGAAGAACAGGAAGUUGUGCCUUCUUCUGGUAUGAGUAGGAAAAUGAGUGAAAGCUCAAUCUGUGCAACGGAAGAGGAAGACGAUGAAGAUGGAAGGAAAAUCGAAUUGGGUCCUCAGUACACUUUGAAAGAACUUAACGAAAAGGAUAAGGAUGAUGAAAGUCUUAGGAGGUGGAAAGAACAACUUCUGGGUGGUGUUGAUUUUGAAUCUGUUGGAGAAACUCUUGAGCCAGAUGUAAAGAUUUUGAGCCUUGCAAUAAAAUCAUCAGGGCGACCUGACAUUGUUCUUCCAGUUCCUGAGAGUGGAAAUCCUAAAGGCCUUUGGUUUACUUUGAAGGAAGGUAGUCGUUACAGCCUUAAGUUUACUUUUCAGGUUAGCAACAACAUUGUUUCUGGUCUCAAAUAUACCAAUACAGUCUGGAAAACUGGAGUCAAAGUUGAUAGUACAAAAGAGAUGAUUGGAACUUUUAGCCCUCAACCUGAACCUUAUGAUCAUGAGAUGCAGGAAGAAACAACUCCUUCUGGCAUCUUUGCCAGAGGAUCAUAUUCAGCCAGAAGCAAGUUUGUUGAUGAUGAUAACAAAUGCUACUUGGAAAUCAAUUACACAUUUGAUAUAAGGAAAGACUGGAAGGAGGAGCAACCUGCUUAAUUAUACCCCUUGAAUAUUUCGGAUCAUUCGGUGCUUGAUUCAGCCCGGAUCCGCUGCUCUGCUCGGGUUUCUUAAGAUGUUUAAUUUUGCUGCUUUCUUAUUUAUAAUUCUUAAUCUUCUCAAAGUUGAUGUUUUUUCUUCUUCUUUUUUGACAAUGAGGAUGAAGGAUGUUUUUGAACUAACAAUAGAAAAAGAAAAACAAAGAUGGAUUAGAUGUGUACUGUCAAUAAAAAAGCUCGGCUUUGUUUUUUUGCUAAA